AGUCCGCAUGGAUGAAGACACGUUCGCGGUAACUCCGCUCUCUGAAGACCACACAGCAGACAUUUAAUACACACUUACCUGACAGCAUCGUCGAUAUUCUCUGUAGUGUUUUGUCUGCACAGCGACCACCUUCGUUGUUCGACCAAACGAGUUGCUGCCAGCAAACCUACAGAACCUGCAGAACGUACAGAGCCUGAAAACAUUAGAACCUGCAGGCUUUCCUGAGGAGUUAGAAUGAGUAGUUAAUGUCUGGUUCUGUUUGGUUGAUUUGUUUUGCAAACAGAGCAACAUGGACCAAGAACCCUGGCUAAGCUGUGAGAAGACUGCUGUUUUACAGGGUGGAUUUCUGUUGGCAAAUCAGCUAUGCCAGCCAGCACCCCUCUCUGCUUUGAGAAAAGAGGACUGGGAGCGUGUUGGACGCCCUAUAGUUCAGGCAGUCACCGAAAUAUGUGGACAGUUGUGUGGAGGCAACCAGGAGUGUCUUCAGUGGAGAAAGAGGAUUCUUUGUAUUAUAUGGAGCAAAGUCUUAGAGAUUGAGAAAGGAGAGGAUGUUGACAUCAACUGGAAGGAAAACCCAUUAUUUGCUGUUCAAAAUAGUCUCCCUGACAUUAACCAUGCAGUAUUAUUUGAACUGGUUAAAUCAAUGGGUUUCUUCAGCAUUUAUGUUGAUUUGCUCCAGUGCUUUCAAUCAGACGAGCAGUGCAAAGAGCUGGAGAGGCUAGUAAAACAUGUCACAAGCGACUGCACAGAAAAGGAUGUGAAGUUUUUGCUGGAGGUGUGGUGGGAGCUGAUGAAAGGAAGGAGGGAAGAGCUGGACAGCCUAGACCAACUCUUUAACACCCAGUGUGCCCGCUUUACACAGAACCCCUCUGACUGCUCACCACAGGCUUCAAAACGAUUUAAACCAGACCCAGAAUCUGCCACAUCGACCACAUGCACGUUUUCCAUCCUAUUCCAAGGACUGAACAACAUAAAAGAGUAUAUAACAUCCUCUGAGUUGUGUUAUUUUGGCCUCUCCAACUGCCUAGACAUGCUGUAUACCUCCUACCUGUUAGACCAUGCAACAGACCUACCAGCUGAAGUUAAACUUCAAAACAUUUCUCGAUCAGUGAGCCUGAGAAAGAGAAAUGGUCUCUUGGAGGGAGCUGACCUUACUCAGGCCAUAUGUGAGGCCCAAAGAGAUCUUGUCGCCACACUGACUCCUGCUCAGACCAAGCCAAGUGGAAUGACCCUUAUCCAAGCCAUGCAGACAAUGCUUGGAAUAAUAUGUUCAUGGGAAAUCAAGGGAUUGCUAAAGAUGCCCACACAUGAUCCAAGUGACCUAGCAAUCCGUCUCAAAGAUAGUGUUUGCAGAGUUCUGAAGUCUUUAGAGCUGUUGUCUGAAAAUCUGGAUGGAAAUGAACAAGCAUUGAUUAGUUUGCAGAAGACUUUGAAAAAUUUGCUUGCAUCUUCAUCUUUUACUGUGCCUGAAAGCCCCUCAACUGAAAUAGUGAGUGUUGUCGUGACCAUUCUUGACAAUAAUCUAAAGGGGUUCCAGGACCUUCCCAAACUUUAUGCCUCCACACUGAGCCAAUCUUUCAGUGAGGCAGAGUGGUUAAGCUGUCUUGAAAGAAACAAACAUGCAUUUCAGCAAAAAGACCUUGUUAUGACAUUAUCCUCUACUCUUAUAGCCAAAUGCCAGAGUGAUGCUAAUGUAAAGCAGGCUAAAAAGCUGAAGGACAUUAUUGUAGACAUAUUCUCCCAGCUUUCAUUACCUGACAAGAAUGCAGCACUAUCUGAAAUUCUUAGCUUGUCAAAGAAAGGGUUGCAUGGCUUUCUUCCAAGCUCAGUGACAGCAGGCUAUGACGAGGAGGUCAAUUUGGCUUUUAACAGCAUCAUCCAGAGUGGAGCAAAAAGCAGCCUGAGCUCAGCAGUCUCGGCUGUGGCUCGAGUUGCAUUCCAGAACCCAGAGGCCACCUUGUACCGAUGCUGCCACAUGGCUGUGGUGAACCUUGGAGCUCAUGCACUUCUUGCUCAGAUUCUCCAACAGUUGCCUGGCCUCAGGAGCUCACCAGGAGACACCAAGGAGAUGAGAAACAAAGAGCAGAACUUGUUGUGCAGAUGUCUGCAGGCCACUGUGUGGGACAAGCUCUCUUCAUCUCAAGAGGAAGACCAGUUCCUUGAGUUCUUGUCUGCCCUGAUGGAACCCAGUAUUGUUGGCCAAACCGAAGAGAAGCUCAGCUUCCUUCCCCCAGAGGAGGCUAUGCAUGCAUUCAUCCUGCCUUACUUCUCUUCUUCCACCUCUAGCUCAUCUAGCCUUGAGUUGUGCCUUCGGCUUCUCCAAUGCAUUCUGUCCCAUGUAUCCUCAAAUGACGCUACACCUUGGAUAAUGAGCUGCUCCCCGUUUCCUCUUUUAUACUGUCUUGCUCAGCUCCUGAACAACUGCAGUAGGUGCUGGGAGCAGCCAGUAGAGGGCAGCACAGUCUUAUCUAUUGAGCACAAGGGACUGUUGAUCUCCACUCUGACCACACUUGGAAAGGCAGUUGGCAAGGAAGUGGCUCUCACCCCUAGUACUUGGUCCAGAGCUAUCUCUUGGCUGUAUGGAAAAGCGGAAGACCUUGACUGGACUGUCCGCUUUCACCUGAAGGACGUGUGGGGAGAGCAUUUCAAAUACGAGGUGCCAAGUUCACUUAUGGCUGUAUGUGAGCUUUCAGAGCAAGAGUGGUCUGGCCUGGUGUUGCCUCACUAUGGACAAGGCACAGGCCUGUUAGCCUGGGCGGAGUGUUGCUGCAUCUCGGAUCACUUUCAGGCAACCAUGCUGGAUUCCCUGUCUUUAAACCUUCUCAACUCAGAUGAAGUAAUCAUGUUCAGCAAAGGCCUGAUGGUGGCAGUGCUGCAGACCCUCCCCUGGUGCACCGCUGGCGAAUGGGAGCGGUUGCUAAAGAUGUUGCGCAGUCUUCUGCACUCAGAUAAGCUUCAUGUUCCAUACUCUCUGGAAUAUGUAGACUUUCUGCCAUUACUUGACCUCCGUUCUUUUGCUGUCGACCUGCGUCUGUCUGUCUUUUUGCUGCGCUUGUUCCAGCUACUCUGUGGCUCCAGCUGUGCAGACUGGCUGCCUCCCUAUGGCUGGACACACGUAGGCCGGCACUGUGCUGCUGCCAUGAGGGGUAUCAUUGACUCUGUGAGGGAUAAAGUACCCCUCCCACCUACAGCAACCUCUUCCAAAAGCACUGAGAGCAGCAGUGGCGUUCUCAGCAAGGAGGUCCUUUUUGUGCUGACUCAGCUGUUCUGCCAUGUCAUGCAUGUGCAGGUAAUGAUGCCAGGCCAGCCAGAGCCACUGUUCCUGUGUGCACUGGAGAUUCUGUCCAACUAUGAGGCUGUCCUGAUGGCAUAUCCCAAGAGUAGCACGGCCCUACAAGGAGCUAAUACACGUCACUUUCUUACUACCAUAUCAGACAAUGUGCAGUGCACAGACAUGCGAGCUGUCCUACAUCAGAAGAUUGCUCAGCUCUGAGUCUAAACUGGAACAUUUGAUGCUGUUGAAUUGCAGUUGGGUUCAUUAACAUUAUUCUUUUUUUUUCUCACAGAAUAAAAUUUUUCACACAGCAUUAGCUUGUUGUCUUG